AUGUAUAUGUAUUUCCUCUCAGGAUUAGUAAUAAAGAAGCAGCCAACUACCAAAAUAAUACUUGCAUAAAUGUCUAUUGAGUCCCGUCUUUUUCAAUACACCUGCGACUUUGCCUUAAAACCCAAUAACUGUAGGAAUUCGAACUUGACCAUUAUCUAUCUAUAUAGAAUUAUUUAUUUUCCAUUUUUGGUGUGGAAGUGGGAUUUCUUGCUCCACAACAUAAACCACCUGAAAAUCCAGAUAAGGAAAAUUGAUGCAACCCCCUAAAGGAAGAGAGAGUGGAGCCACUGAGCUCAGUCGAAGCUCCUCCUCCGGUGGUGGUGGUCUUGCCAGAUACCGCUCAGCUCCGGCUACUUGGUUGGAAGCCUUACUUGAAUCCGACGACGAACAACCUCCUCAGCUUCUUCUGGAUACCCCCAAUGCGGAGGACAUCGAUCUGGAGUUGUUCGAAUCCACCUCUGGCGGUGGGUUGAGCAAUUUCCUCAGGAUGAACAGUUCUCCCGCAGAUUUUCUCUCUCUUCUUAGUAACUCCGAAGCCUACUUUCCCAACUUACCCAUUCCGGGGAAUCAUUUUGAUUACGUUUCAUCUCCUCCACCGGCUAAGCGCCCCCGCCAGGCCGAGGAUUUGGAUAAGCUUUCCCCUAAAUUAGUAUCUUCUUCUUCUUCUACUAUUCUUUUGAAAGGAGAAUUACAAGAUGAACCGUUGGAUGUUGAAAUGGAAAAGCUUUUGGAGGACUCAGUUAUGUGCAGGACUCGAGCAAAACGUGGUUGUGCUACCCAUCCUCGCAGCAUUGCUGAAAGGGUGCGAAGAACGCGUAUUAGUGACAGGAUACGGAAGCUACAGGAACUUGUCCCAAAUAUGGAUAAGCAAACGAACACAGCUGACAUGUUAGAAGAAGCAGUAGUCUAUGUAAAGUUCCUGCAGAAACAGAUCCAGGAACUUACGGAGCAUCAGAAGGAUUGUAAAUGCUUAAUAAAUGAUUGACCGAAAUGACAGACCAAGACCAAUUUGUGUGGUAUGUUACUCAAAAUCCUACUUACUACAUACCAAUUUAUAGAUGAUCUUUGCUGUGGGAAAAGCAAAGCUAUUGUGGGAACCAGUACCACAACUCAGCAUCCCACGAAUACUAUGUUUACUUGGUAUGUUUCUGGUGAUUCAAUGUAUAAAAGGUUUGUUUUUGUUAGCUACAAACUUGUGCCGGUGGGACUGUAUCCACCAUAGCUACCUAGUUAGUAUAUGUACAUAUAUCUCUGUUUCUGGAAUAUGUAGAUAUAUCUCUCUAUAGUAGAGAUUUAUCUUCUUGGUGUUUUAUUAUCCUUUU